AAGAGCCAUGUAAAAAAAAGAAUUCGCCAGCCCCUGUGACUGAAUUUGAGCGAUAAUGUCAAUGGAAUUAACACAUUGCCAUUGUUGAAUGGUCUCCUGUGGCUAUAUAAACAUCAAGAUUUGUUGGCACUGUCUCACCUAAUGCCAGACAGAGCUGACUGAUGAGGAUGUGGCACAGAAGCAGGUUGGAACUCCUUGGGUCACAAAAUCACUGAAGCUGCACUGCAGAAGCCAAAGCUGGUCAGGAGGGCAUGCAGCCCCAGCCAUUGCUGCAGAUCCUUCCUCUCUUUGUCCCUUUGGACAUCAAAGGCUCGCAAGGGGACAGCCCUGGCGGGAAGCUCCUCCCUGCUCAUUAUCCUCCAUAAAACAGGAACUCACCUUGGCUAGCUGUGCUUGGGGUCCCAUCCUCAUCCCGCUCACUCUUGACACUGGAUUCGGAAGGAAGGGCUUGUGCUUGCUUCAGGAAAUCAGACCUGCUUUUGAACUGGACUAUUUUGGCUUCCCUUGUAAGAACUCUGGUGGCUCUCUUGGCCUUGCAAGCUCCUCCACGUCACAGUACAUGGAAAAAUGCAAGCUUUACCAGACGUGAAAGCGCCGUGUGAGGCCCUUCCUUCCCCCAGCCUGGAGCCCUUCCCACAGAGCUCCAUUGUGGUCACCCUCGAGGACAUGGGGCUCUGGAUGAAGUUUCACCAGAUAGGAACUGAGAUGAUCAUCACCAAAUCUGGCAGACGAAUGUUUCCUCAAUGCAAAAUCAAAGUCUCUGGCUUAAUCCCAUAUGCCAAGUACCUCAUGCUGGUAGAUUUUGUGCCAAUGGAUAACUUCAGGUACAAGUGGAAUAAAGACCAGUGGGAAGUUGCUGGAAAAGCAGAGCCCCAGCUCCCUUGUCGCACCUAUGUCCACCCAGAUUCCCCAGCUCCUGGCAGCCACUGGAUGAAAGAACCUGUCUCCUUCCAAAAACUGAAGCUCACUAACAACACUCUGGAUCAACAUGGGCAUAUCAUCCUGCACUCCAUGCACCGUUACAAGCCGCGCUUCCACAUCGUGCAGGCAGAUGACCUCUUCAGCGUCCGCUGGAGCAUCUUCCAGGUGUUCAGCUUCCCUGAGACUGUCUUCACCUCUGUCACUGCCUACCAGAAUGAGCAGAUUACAAAGCUCAAGAUUGACAACAAUCCGUUUGCUAAAGGUUUCCGUGAACAUGGGAAGAACACUCGAAGGGAAGGACGAGCCAAAUGCCAGAAGCCCAGUCCAGCCAAGAGCCAGAAAAGGAAGUUGCCUGAGGAAAAGGAGCCUGCUGCUGAGGAACGUGAUUUUGAGAAGGAUGAGAAUGUAGAUGUGAAGGAAGAGAGUAACCCAGUGGUGGUGAGCAGUGGAUAUCCCUUCUGGGGCUCGGAGCAGAACAGCAGCCAGGUGUUCCCUGCAGCCUCACCAGUGCCUGCUGAGCAGAGGGAGGGUCUGGCCAGAGAGCAGCAAGUGCCAACGCCAUCCUACCAGACAUAUCGGUUCCAUGAGGCUGGGGACAGCCAGCAGCUUCCCAGCCGUGAUGCCGCGACCUUGAACGAUUUCCGGGCAAGGUGCCACGCCUUGGAUCUCGCCAUGGUGCCCGAGCACGACUCCAAACAGCUCCCAGAGGGUUUCACCAACCUGCCCCCACUGCCCCCACCUCUGCCUCCUCCCCAGGACUACACAGGAGUGGUGAACAUGGCUCUGGACUCUGUGGGGAAAGCCGGGGCCCGGGCGCCCAUGUACAGUCCCUAUGGCACCGAGCAGGGCCUGGGGCAGUGGGUGGUGCCUUCCCACAGCCAGUACAGGGCAAUGAGCUACUCGGCCUUCUCCACGGAGUACAACACACAAGGAACUCCAGGACAUGCCCAUGGCACCAUGGCAGAGUGGAGCCAGUACCCUCUGUUCCCCUAUGCCUGCUGGUGAAUGGGGAGGAGCCUUCCCAGUGAAAAAAACUGAAAGAAAAUUGUAAAUGAGAUUGACUUUGCUCCGGGGUGUUGGACUUGUGAAGCUUUGCCUACACUAGGCAGAGGUAUUGCUGCAAGCAGUAGCAUGGGACACCUUCACUUCCUUGUCUCCUUGCACAACCACACUCACCUUAUUUCACAAGCAGUGGUUGCCCCAGCCGUGUCAUUGUGGGUCAGGCUCAAUGUGUUCUGCAGUGGUUUUUUUAUCCCAGGAAUAGGAAACCACAGGUCUGCAAGAACAGUAUUUAAAGAGCUGCUGAACUCACAGUCUCAGUGUUGGCACCUCGCAUUUGGCAGUUUCCAACAUCCCUUCCUCCUGGGACUUGGUGCAAGGAGAUAGGGGCUGAGGACUUCCAGUAAGCCAUCCAUGUGGCCAAAAAGCUGUAGAAAAUAUUGCAAAGAUGAGCAAAGCAAGCAAUCCUGGUGAACUUGGAGCAGCUUGCUCAGUUAGUAUAGUCAGAGUAAAGCUAGUCUUGCCUUUCUUCCAGCAGCAGAUGAGAGUAAAAUGCACUGCAAGGUGUGUCUGGAGCACAGCAGUGGGUUGUGCAGGCAGGGGAGAGUCUGUUCCAUGCAGGAGAAGUAGCAGCAAGGCUGUGUGUGGUGUCUUCCUGUCCCUGUGCCCAUCCCUCCUCUGUCAGCCCUAGAUUCGAGGUCAGUGAGAUACUCUUCAUUCUGUGGGGGUGGAGGGAGGUUGUUCAUGGAAUGUGGGGGCUCCUCUGGGGCUUUCCAAGGUUGUCAGAAGCAGGGCCAUGAACAGCAGUGCUGCUGUGUCACUCCACCUCUUCCUGUAGAGGGAGAGGAAAUUUUCCACUGUGAACUUACUCCUUCUCCCGCUCCCUGCCACCCUGGAGAAUAUAAUUUAUAGUUGUGGUUCCUGCGCUGCUCUUUGAGUGUGUGAAAUCAUCUAACCACUCUUUGGGAGUCUGUAGGGAUCUGUCAGGUAUCAGAGUGGUUCCACCUCCCUCCUCUCUGGUCCCAUCCUGCUCAGGAAGCAGCCUGUGCACUGCCAUGCAAGCAGGGAUUCUUUUCCUCUUCCUGUUAGAAGGGGGAGGCCUCCCUGUUUGCCCAAGUGCAGAUGGCCCUGGCUCUGGGGACUCGGUGAGACAGACUCAUUGCUUCUCAGGGAGGAUAGACAUGUUCCUAGGGGUCACUUAGGGAAUAUUUUCAUGUCACACUAAGAGCUGCCAUGUGGCCUGCAGCCAUCAGUGGGCACUGAGGUGUGUCAUUUAGCCUGUGUGCCAGAUGGUUUUCUGUGCACACACGUGUGAGUGUGACUGUGUGUGUGUGUGUGUGUGUGUAGCAAGAUGUCUCUGAGCAGACCUGGGUGGGUUUGUGGCCAGUGCCUCUGGACCCUCUGCAGGGACACUGGGAAAGGCUGUCACCAGGUUUUUGGGGCACCAGCUCCUCACUGUGCAUCUGCAUAGCCUAGGGAUGUUGAGCCACGUUGUUAUUGUUAAAAUUACUGUGAAAAGUAGCCCUGUAAAUUUGUGGACUCAGCUACAAUAACUAUUUCCUUAUUUAAAUUGUAUAUUGUGAGCUGCUUUUGUAUCACAGUUAUUAUAUGUACAGAGCAGCUGAGUACUUCCCCUGGGCUUCCCAUGAUUUGAGGAUGUGCAGCAUUGAAAUAAAGGUCAGACUUUGCCACAGUACAUGUACAUAAUGCCCUGUGAGCCUCCCCUCUGACGGCACCCUGGCUGGUAGUGAUUUGUACCUACUGUGCACGACACACAUGUGGAUAUGAACAACUCACUUAAAAAGAAAUCUGGCUGGGGAAACAAAAUGUGGAGCAGGCUUUUUUUAAUGCCAAAAUAUCGUGAUUUCCUGCUGUCCAAAUGGCAGCUGUGUGAAGGCAGGUCAGCUGUAAAAGGCUGUCUCUGGCCAUUAGCAGUUAAUUUUGCCACCACUGUCCUUCACAUUUUGGAAAUGAGAUGAGCAGAAUGGCUGGGGAGCUGAGUGAGUGCACCACGGGCAGGGAGCCGGGGGGUACUCGGUGCACGACACAGGAUCGCUGCCGGCAGCAUGCCCACGAGAGAGAGAAUGCAUCCCCCACAGCCUACCUGGCUGUAGCUGGGAUGUGUUUCCCUGUCACAGAGCGCUAAUGAGGAUGAAAAGCUGCAGUGAGCACGAGUAACUGAGGACAGCUGAGCAGCACUGGGGAAUUCCUGUGAAAAUACGCGUGCAAUGCUGUUUCUUUCAAACCUUUGCGGUAGCAGCGUGCAGGUGCUGCUGCCCCCUGGGCCUGGCGGUAGAGCUGGUUUGGCAGUGGCUCUGCACCGGGGGGAGAGACUCAGCUUUGUGCCUAGAACGAGCCAUCAAUUACUCACCAGCCUUCUGUUGCAGCAGGACUGCUUGCCCUUCUCCAGUGAAUCAUCCAGCUUGCUGGAGAAGUACCUAUCCUUUCUCUCUGAUUAGAGACUGCGCUCGGCUUGUUUGGGAAGCCUUUGGAGAUUUUGCCUGUAGGUGUGCUCUGGACUCUGCUCCCGCCCCCUCCCUUUGCAGUUCCCACUUGUUUUCUUCAGCUGUGGCAUUUAAAGUCCGUAUGAGCUCCACUGAAAUGCUGGUUUUGCACGCAUGUGAGAUAAUGUAGUGCCUCUGACAGCUUCAAUAAAAGGAAAUGAGACAUGUGGAAAUCAGGCCAUUAAGACUAAUAAAAUAAACUCCAAAGUGUAGGUUUUGUGCA